GUAAACUCUUUAAAAACCUUGGGGGGGAAUAACUACUUACUCUGCUAAACAAUAUACAACAUACUUGGAUGUGCAUCAUAAAUUAUCUACACUAAGUGCCAAGCUCAAACCUUAAGCUUCCAGCCAAAAUGAGAUUAGCUCUGCACACGGUCAUCUGUUGCUGUGUUUUCACCACUGUCCUGCCACUGGUGAAAUGUACCACAGGGGAGAUCAACACCAGCCUGAAAAAAAGGUCCAAAGUAUGGCUGCUCACCCGUAUGAAGAGAGAUCUGUGUGACACCUUAUUGACAGCCGCUGAGAGCCACUCUGACCUCCAUGUUGGAGAGCAGCAGGACGAGAAUGGAAAACUGGCAUCACUUCCGUCAAGCUUUGGGCUACAUAUCAGACGCAGAAGAACGCCCAACAAAGCUGCAGGCUGCGCCUUGGUCACCUGUGCAUUGCACGACCUGCUCUACAGUCUGCACCGGAUGAGCAACACCGCGAGAGAGGUCAAUGCCCCUGAGAAAAAGAUGGGCUCCGGAGGGUACGGACGCCGCCGACGCUCACUCCUGGAUGUCUCUCGACUCGCCCUCCAGACAGGAAGACAAAGGCGGAGCAUUGAAGCUGCUUCCAAAGCGAGCUUGGCAGCUGAGACAGAAGACAAUUCCUGAAGAUCUUCUCUGAAAUAACCGUGACCUGAGGAGGAACGGAGGCCGCGAGCGGGAGGAUUUUUCUGAUGUUACCGGACCCAAAACUGCCACAUGGACUACCUGGAUUUGAUUAACAGCUUGUGAAGUGCAAUUUUGACUUUAUGUACUACGAUAUCAAAAAAAACUUAUACUUAUCUGCUUGUAUAUAAGGAUUUAUAAAGCUACCUUAUAUUUAAGCAAACAACUAUAUUUUUAUACAGGGAAAAUAUAUAUUAAACAUGUCUCUUUUAAACUUCAAUGAAGUGUGUAUCUUAACUGUUAAUAACCAUCUUGUCCUGUAUUCGUCAUGUUGAUUAAGUAUCUUAUUACUGAGUAUCGUCUUGUAUUUUUGUAAUGUUAUUGUUAUGUUUUUAUAUUAUUGGAAACUAAUUAUAUUAGCGAUGUCAUUUGUUUGGAUGAUGAAAGUCUUACAUACCAACUCAAGAAAAACUACAAAUGAGUCAUGCAGUUCUUGGCGGGACUAUGGAUGAUAUGUAGAGGGAUGGAGAGCCAGUAGUAGAAGUACUGAUCAGACAAUACAAGUGUUGUGCUGCCAUCUAGCUUUACAGAAAGAUACAUGUAACAAAUGCAGCUUGAACAAAGCAGUUCAUGUGGUUAUGCUAAAUGUUUGAUCUUUAGAGCUUUAGUUUUGAAUGUAUCUGCUUUUUUGUUUGAAUGUAGUAAAUCCUAAUGAACUCAUGAUUCAGCUGAAAUGAAUUGACAUGGUGUUAGGUAACAUGAUUUAUGGUCUUGGUGAAACGCAGCAGGAACUGUAAUCGUUUUCAGCUGGCUGUGACAUUCUUCUUUUUGAAAUAAAUGAAUGCAACAAAGAAAAGAA